AUGGCUACUUCGAACAAGUACGCGUUCUUCAGGCCGGACACCCUGGAUACAGCGGGUUAUGCCUAUGGCAAGGCGAUCUCGGAGGCGCAGAGAGGAAAGAUUGAAGUGGAACGUGUGGCGAGAGGGCGGUGGGCCGACGCCGGGACGCUCGCAAUUCAGCGAGAAGCCUCGGAAUUGGAAAUGCGCGCCGUGACAGAGGAAGAAGCAUUAAGCGGGGUUGGGACGUACGUCGGGUGCGCCCUGUGCAUUGCUCGG